AUGGAUGAAAUGUGGUUGACAAGAGGUUGUGUAUGGGUGUGCAGGAAUGUCGGUGCAGCGGUUGCUACAUGGCCACGCACCACUAUUACCGUUUGUUUCGUCAUUACGGCUCUCUUCUCACUUAAAGCAGCAUUUACUCCGCAAGUCAGUGCUAUGGAUGGAUGGGCUAAUGAAAACGCUAGGUCUCGUUACGAAUUCAGUGUCUUUCAGCUCUUUACUGAUCUACAAUUUAAGGAGAUUUAUCUUCGUCUUCGGAAGGAGUUCCUUGAUACCGAAGGGCAAGGCAUCACCUUACUUUUAUUGUUGCGAGCACGAGACAAUGGAUCUAUGAUACGCCCAGAUUACCUAAAUGAGACCGUAAAGAUCCUGGACCUUGUUUCGUCUAAGUUCCUCAUAUAUGACGCCGAUCUAAGAAAAAAUCAGUCUUUCAACGAAUUUUGCGGAGGUUUCUGUCAGGCAAGCGAGCCAGUGCGACAAUUUUACAAUGGUAUGCGUGUUCUCGCAGCAAACGCUAGCUUUGAGAUAGAAGACAGAAUCGAUCUCUCUUACCCAACAUCCGAAAUGUUUUCGAGGAAAUUUAGUCUCUUGCCAAACUUCUUCGGAGUUGAGUUUGAGGACGAUGGUAAGACUCUCAAGUUUGUGGCUAUGGUUGCGUUGAUUUUCCGAGCGGAAAAACACCCUUCGUGGACAGCGAAAAUGGUUAAACAGUGGGAGCUCGGAGUACAAGAUUAUUUUGAAAAGAAUUUCGAACAUGGAAAAAUAGAAGUGAACCCUAUAUCGGUUGCAAUUGUUGAACAUGACAUCAUGCUGGCUGGUAAAAGUCUUCAACCGUUCUUGGCCAUUGGUUUUAUCAUUAUGUGCACAUUCUGCACUGCGACCACAAUCCUCAGCUCAGUUAUCAUGUAUCAUCAAAACGCCUCGAUCAACAAAGUGAUUCUCGCUAUUACUGCAUGCAUUCUUCCUUUUAUGGCGUGUGGAACAGCUUUUGGUACAGUCUUCCUCUUGGGAGUGACUUUCUCGCCGAUUCUUAAUGUGACUCCAUUCCUCGUUCUGGCAAUUAGUGUUGAUGACGCUUUCUUGAUGGUGCAUGCUUGGAACCGAAUUGAAAAGAACGACUAUCUGGAGCCUAAAUCACGACAGGAAAAACUUGUUCAGGUUCUCAUAGAGACUGGUCCUGCAAUUACGAUCUCUGCAUUCACAAAUAUACUCGCAUUCGUCAUCGGCGCCUACUCCUCUCCUCCGGAAAUCCGUCUGUUCUGUAUAGGAAACGCAGUGUGCAUCUUUAUGGAUAUGCUGUAUCAACUGACAUUCUACACCGCUGUGAUGGCGUUAUUCGCUGAUUCAGCCGUUCAGUACAGCGAGAAAGAGGAGUCUUCCCGACUUAAGACGGCUGCUCAAGAUUUCCUGCACUGGUACACAGGUUUGGUAUCGAACUGGAAGGUGUCACUAGCCGUAAUGUUGAUAUGGGUGGUCUAUGUGGGAGGAGCCAUCGUGGGACUGUUCUAUGUAUCAAUCGAUCUUUCACCGCAGAAGAUGUUCCUUCCGGACUCGAAAUUGAUUCAUAUCGAUAGGAUCCGAAACAAGUUCAUGGUACCGUUCUACACUCCAGCUACCGUUGUCGUCAAUAAUCCAGGGAAUCUCUCUGAUCCCGAAAAUGUGCAAGAGCUUUUGGCCUUGAAGCAUGCCUUCGAAAGUCUUCCGGAUGCUAUAGGCCCUGAAAGCACAAAAUUCUUUCUCGAUGACUACAUCACCUACAAAGAGUCACUUGGCGAUGAGCUGGAAGCUGAUCCGGAUGCAGGGACACUGGAUUCCUUCUUGAGUUGGUUAGAGUACUCGUUCUGGAAAGGCUUCGUGAAAUUGGAAAACACUACCGACGGCCCCACUGCUUCGCGAUUCAUUUUCAUCACUGGUUACCAUGGCCAGCAUUUAGUUUCGUGGAAGGAAAAAGGACAUCUGCUAAAGUCGUUGCGAGAGCAGGUGGAUCGAUUUGGAAGACAAUUCAAUGCGACGGUGUUUUCUGAUGACGCGUUCUAUAUCGAUCUUCUUGAGGCAAUUCCAACCAUUACCUGGCAGUCCUUCUUGGCCACAUUCGCCUGUGUUAUCCUCGUCUGCGCCAUGUUCAUUAACCAUAUUGCAACAGUUCUAUUCGUCUCAAUGGCAAUCUUGGCCACUUGCGUUGGAGUGUUCGGUUACAUGUCGUUGCUUGGUUUCUCUCUGGAUCCGAUUAUAAUGUCAAUAGCGAUCAUGUGCAUCGGUUUCAGCGUCGAUAUCCCAGCUCACGUCUCCUUCCACUAUCACGCCGCUAGAUCCUACAUGACUAAGAAAGGAACUAGUUCAACUCUCAGUUCAGAGUCCGAAGGCAACAGUUCGAAGUAUAGGUUAAGGCUUCAACACACGUUGUGCUCUGUUGGGUUUCCAGUUGUCCAGGCUGGAGUUUCCACUAAUUUGUGUGCUCUCCCGCUUGCGUUUGUUCCGUUGUACAUGGCUCAGGUGUUCGCUUUUGCCAUGUUGAUGUGCAUCUCCAUAUCGUUGAUACAUGGAGUUCUCAUACUGCCAGCGAUGUUCUGUCUUUACGAUCGUGUUCUCCCUCUAUCUCAUCAUUGCAGCUCCUACAUCCAAAAACGGAGAAAAUGUUCUCCUUCGUAG